AUGACAAGCGUUGCCCAGGCAACAACAACCGCCUUUGGGCCAUCGCGUGGACGGAAGCCCCACUGUUUCAUGUCGAACCCCGCCGCGCAGGCCUUCAGUCCAGUCCGGGUUCACUGCGCGCUCUUUAAGGUGCUGCACAUCCGAGCCGACUCUCAACUUGAAGCCCAGUGUUCGGGCGCCGGCAGCCGGUCCAUCGCCGACCUAUGCCGCCUGCCAUGGACCGGCGAAGAGUGGAAGAAUGUGGUGUUACAACCGAGUGCCAUCCGGGAAGGGAAGAUCGAGAUUGAGAAGGAGAUUACCACUUCGAGCUUGAAGCAGACGUUGACGGACCUAGAUGGGAUUGCCCAGAGAAAUGACGGGAACCGGGCUUUCGGUCUUCCGGGAUACAAAGCCUCAGUGGAUUACAUCCGAGAGCAAGUCGAAGACGGCCUCAAGGAUUCGUUCGACACGUGGAUUCAGCCAUUCAACCACACUUUUGAGCAGACCCGGAGAAUCAGAGUUACUGGGCCCAACGGGGGAACUGUGUAUGCUCUUUCCGUUAUGUAUAAUCCUCCUACACCCGAGGAGGGCAUUAAGGCCCUAAUGAUUGACACCCCGUCAACGACGAAACUGGUAAGUUCCAUGUGCACCGAAGCAGACUGGGAAGGGAUUGACGCGACUGGCAAGAUCCCACUGAUCAAGAGAGGUAUCUGUGCUCUGUCGGAGAAGCUCAUUCUCGCUCGUGCCCAUGGAGCGGUUGCCGUCAUUAUCUACAACCAAGAGCCUGGUGACACGUACCAGAGCGCGACACUGGGUUCCGAGAACCGUGACAAGGUUCUUCCCAUGGCGAUUAUUCGGCUGGAGAUUGCCAAUUAUUGGAAAGAAUCCCUCCAGGGGCCUGGAAACCCGAACUUAUACACCAAAGAAGGCGAUCCAGACAACGUCAUCUUCCUCGGUGCACACCUUGACAGUGUUCAGGAGGGUCCGGGCAUCAACGACGAUGGGAGUGGAACGGCCGGUAUUCUCGAGAUCGCGAGAAGCUUUGCAAAGCACCCGGGCAUCAAGAAUAAGGUGCGGUUCGGGUGGUGGGGCGCCGAGGAGUCCGGGCUAGUUGGAUCUCUCUAUUACACUAGUCAGCUUAGUUCCGAGGAGGCUGACAAGAUUCGGUACUACUUCAACUACGACAUGAUCGGCUCACCUAAUCCAGCCUACGUCGUCUACGACGGGGAAGAAAUUGGCUCUCAAAAGCUAUUCGACUAUCUCAAGGCAGCUGAAAAACCUGUCGAAUUUGGCGGAUUCGGUUCAUCCUCCGACUACGUUGGCUUCCUCGACCUCGCCUGCGAUCAUAUUGGGAAUAUCCAUUGGGAUGCCUUGACGUUGAAUACCAAGGCUGCCGGAAGAGUAGCUGCAGAGUUCGCGGCAUCCCUUGAAGGCAUUCCUUCACGAAAUGUCUCCACGACCCCGGCGAGAAGCAAGCGAGGAGACAUGGCCCUUCUCAAGUGGGAGACUGCCCUAGCUCAGGUUCAAGCCGUGCGCCCUUGCGCGCACCAACAUGAUCACGACAACUUGUACUAG